CAUCUUUGCAUAUACUAUCUUAGGCAGCUACUGCUACUCUAAAUUCAAUGUGGAAGAAGUGCAACUAAGUUAAUAAGUCGGAUUAUUCAUCAAAUCUACGGAUCCAUUCAAUUCAUGGCUGGGAAUAUAAACGACUAUAGACUAUACGCUGGGGUUAAUUCAUAUUCACUGCCAACUCCGUGAGAGCUCUCAACGACAAUAGAAACCGCCGGUGAUUACCAUUUAUAGGAAAUGCCAAAGUUAUCAAACCGCUCAGCUUAUUCAUCGAUGAUUCGGUCUGGGUAAUCAUCUGCCGAGAUGAUGCAAACUGCAUCUUAGUAAUCAUCAAUCUACAGAGAGAGGGUAGAAACGAAGGUUCUUCGAAAACGAAUACGCUGGAUUGUAGAACUUGUGUACUCAGAUUAACUGAAUGUAACGACGGCAAGAUAGUGUGUCGAUCUUAGGAACGUUGUUAAACUAUACGAGGGUACUUGAUAUCGUUUACCAACAGAUAGAAUUGCAUAAUGGUCGAUUUCAGGGAUGGGGAGGCCAAGAGGGUCUUCAUAUCGCCACUUGAUCGGCUGAACGCCCUAGUCUAUCUUCACUGGUCUCUUGUGCUUCAUGCGCCUAAUCUCGAUGAAGCGAUACAACGCCUUGCUAAGGGAUUGUCUAAGCUCGGAACAGCAGUGCCCUAUCUAAAGGGUCGAGUUUCCUAUCCGACAGAGGUUAGCGAGGAUGAAGUGUCAUUGACGACGCGGCUAGUGAUAUCCUGGUCGCCAGACGACGACCCAGACCUAAAACUUCAGGAACACCACAUGGCGAACAAGCUCCCUAGCCUUGCAACGAUGAAGGGGUCGGGGGCCCCGGCUCACUUCUUCCCUACCGACAUCGUAUCCCUACCCCUCUUUGUAGACGUUUCAUCGCGUUCGCCUCAACCUGUGUUCGAGGCAACGUACAUCCCGCUCGAGGACGGGGGACUGGUGCUUAAUAUGUGCGUCCACCACGGCGUGAUGGAUGGCCGGGGACUCGCAACCCUGACCGAGAUGUGGGCCGACUUUACUCGACGAAGUAACGGCACUGAGGCUAAGGCGUCGCUAGCAAGGUUUCCAGAUCCCGAAGAACCUCUAGCACGAAGCGCUAGAUUAGUGGCGGCUGCCAGUGCAAAUGGAGCGGGUGGAGCCGUUAGCCUGGAAGAUCUGGUCCAGCGCUAUCAAACCGACCAUGCAUUUGGACAGAAUCUCAUGGCGCUGCUGUCCAUGACGGCCGCGGGGCCCAAAUGUGCAAGUCGAAUAUUCACCUUCUCGGGGGCCAAACUGGAACAUGCGAAGAAGGUGCUUACCGAUCAGAGCGAGAUCUCUUGGCCUGUGACCAUUAACUCGAUUCUGAACGCCAUAAUCUGGUCGAGUAUUACUUACAUACGUCUCAGAUGGCGUCAUCAAAAGCCAGCGACGGAUUUAUCGCGUUUUUCUCUCGCGGUCGACGGGAGAAAGCGUCUAGACCGGGCCAUCGACGAGCCAGGGCCUUAUCUCGGCAACGUCGUGCUGAUAUCCUCCGUCGAUAUGCCGCUCGACAUAUUAAACGCAGCUGGCGCGCACAGCUCGAGCAACGCGAUCGCAUCCUUAGCCCCGGUCGUCCAGGUCGUAGCUGACGCUGCAGCCAGGAUCACCAAGGACCACAUCAGCGGGCUUCUCAGCGCGCUGCAGCAGGUGCAAGACACCAGCGAUGUCGGACCCGGGUGGCUGAGCCCUCACCGCGUCAAUUUCAUGGCCUCGAGCUGGGCGAACCUGCCCUUGUACGAAUGUGACUUCGGCCCGGCAUUUAGCGGGGAUAGCAGCGACGGCAGCAAGGCGCCUGGCACGCCCGUCUUCGUGCGCUACCCGUACGCGGACUACAACGACGGCAACAUUGUGGUCCUUCCGCGACGACGAACCCUGCCCGGCGAAGAUGAGGCUAUUGAGGUCUACGUCAUGUUGGCUGAGGAGGAUCUGGUGGCGCUGGAUCAAUAUGACAGCUUCCGAAGCUGGUUGAAAAUGUAAGUUAAGGUACCUUACCCGGGAAAGUCGGGAGAGGUUAGCCGUGGGAUAUAAGUCAGAACCAUAGGGAACAUAGACAAAAUGCAAAAUUUCAACAAUUCAUAAAUAAGCAGCAU